AAAAACUUUGCGGAUCCGUCGCCGCUGCCCUUGCCGCCGAUGGUCGAUGUGGCCGCGCUCACGGACGACGUCCUGGCGGAGAUACUCCUCCGGGUGCCGUCGCCGCGGGACCUCGCUCGCGCCUCUGUGUCGUGCUCCUCCUUCCGUCGCGUCAUCUCAAACCCCCACUUCUUCCGCCGGUUCGUCGCCCUCCACGCGGCGCCUCCGCUCGGCGUCUUCUGCUGCUACCCCGCCUUGGGCGGCGGGGUUGGUGGAUCCCAGUUCCAGCCAGCGCUGCCGUCGCACCCCUCGGCGCCCCUCGCUCGCGCGCUCGCCAGUUCAGCAGACUUCUGCUUCAACUUCCUCCCGCCGCCCGCCAGCGACUGGCUCGUCCGCGACAGCCGUGACGGCCGCUUUCUACUCGACCGCGUGCGGGACGGCUCCACCGCUUUCACGGAGGUUGCAAUCUGCGACCCCCUAUUCCGGAGGUACCGGCUGCUCCCGCCCAUCCCCAACGAUCUCGCCGCCUCGGUGGAAAACCCCUACUUCCAGCGCGGUGGCGAUGGUCAAUUGCAGUCACGCAGCAGUGAAAUCUUCCUGGUUUCUCGUAGUAAUGACAGUGUCAGUGAGAACGAUACGACGUUCACCGUGAUCUGGAUGGCAUGCUGUCGAGGGAAGCUGGUAGCAUUCUUCUACUCUUCAGAGUCACAGCAAUGGUGUGCACUUUCACCGCCUGAACACUAUGCUUUGAGCACCAGAAGAGUCAUGGGCGUUCGACUAGGACAGCGCAACCAUGCUCAUGGGUGCUUCUACUGGAUGUUAGCCCUCACACAUAGGUGGCUUGUGUUGGACACACACAAAAUGGACUUCUCCAUCGUGGACAUCUCACCUAUCCUGACAGGCCGUGCGAUGAUGUUCAGUAAUCAGAUUACCACUCUGGAGUCAAGCAAUGGCUGGACUACCAUUGUGGUCUCUGAUGUUUUCCGUUCAGAUAGAAGAUGCAUUCUGUAUUUUUAUGCAUUCUUGAAUUUCAGCGACCGGUGGCAGCUUCUGAACAGAAUCACCUUGCCUGAUGAAUGGGGGUAUCGAUUUAGAGGCAUAAUAGGUGCUGCCGACGGAUACUUAUUUAUAAAGCUAGAUGAUCCUAAGGAGAACCUGAAUGAUCAGAUUGAGCGAUAUGUUGAAUAUUUUUCGCUUGAUGUCAAGACAAUGCAGCUUGGGAGUUUCUGUCGGACGACCCUUUUUACUGUGACUGAAUCCUACCUUUAUUGUGGUUUUCCCCCAUCAUUGUCGAUGCCUUCUAUAUGAUUUGUAUUAGAAGGAAAAAGAAUGGCACCACAGAAUGUCUUUUGGGGCUAGUAGAAGGAAAAAGAAUGGCACCACAUAAUUUGUCAUUUUCUUGAACUGCUACGAGGCUGCAUCAGGAACCAAGAAGACUACUCGGACUGGCACCUUACUUGCGAUUUUGUUAAAAUAUAUACUCCUACACUGGGUUUCUCCGUCUCUAUUAUGAAAACUAUUGGGUAAUAUGACCAUAUUGUAUUUCAUAAUUUGGGUCAAACUCACAACUCUGGUUAUUAAGAUUCAAAUGGAGUCAUCUUUCUUGAUUGC